AUGUCUACUGUAGAUCUUGAGUUGAAGUCACACUCGGUGGUUGUUUAUAAGAGGCAGUAUGUACGGGGACUUAGCCUGUUCUCUAGCUGGACCUGGGCUGACCUGCCAGUCACGGGGCGUCACAGGGGCUACAUCUUCCUUAUUGAAUUAACGUUACUGUGCUCCGAAGAUAUGCCUUCAGCCCGUCUAGGAGCACCAGUGCCGAGCCCUUGGCUUGUGUGUCCCUCUGUGCUGCCGGUUUUCUGGGGUAUAGCCCUAGUCUCGCCGGUGCUCAUUGAAAUUAAAGAAGAGUACUUCAGAAGAAUAGGCUGGUGUCAUUCGUCCAGCGAGUGCAACGACGUUCAGCUCCUAUGGAGUGUACUCACUAUGAGCAUAUCAGCUCUAAUAAGCUGUUUUACUGGACUCUUGGUAGGAGCCUAUUCAGACUCCCGUGGCAAACGCAGAACGUACUUCGUCCUCAACUCAGUGCUCGCCGUACUACCUCCCUUAUGGCUAUCUCUCACAGCCCUCAAGACUGGCGUGUCCCAUAUGAUAGGUUACUUUGUAUUGGAGAUUCUCAUCAGUCUUGCUGGAGUCGGCCCUGAAUACGCUCGCUUUCCCCUCCUCAACGCGUACGUGGUAGACUGUUGUCCACAGCCUCAGAGGCGUAUGAGAAUCUACGGAGCCCUCAUGGCCUUGACUCUCUCUGGUAACCUCGUAUUCCCCAUGAUUGGAGCCGAGAUACACACCUUCGCCAUCGUACAUCUUUGGGCACUCCUCUGCAUCUGCUCCGCCCUCUACACCAUUUUCGCACUGCCCGAGUCUCAUCCUGGUGCCAGAGAUCGUCUCAUGGGAGCUCGGUCCCGACCGAGGCCCUUCGACUGGUUGCAUCUGCCCCCAAGGGCCACUAUUGUUUUGCGUACUUGCCUUGAGGUUCGCCUCACUAUCGCCGUGGCCGACUCGGGGAUAUCCCAGUCUAUCAACUCCUACUUACAAUCUGCUCUAGGGUUCACUGCCUUGCAACGAGCGUUGUUCGCUGCUUGCAUCGGCAUCAGUGGUCUUCUGUGUAAUACACUCCUAUUGCGCUUCCUCCAGAAUGAAUGCGAAUGGAAAGCUCAGCGCAUUCUCCUGCUUGCGCUCUUAUGCUAUGCAACACACUAUCUUGUUUGCGCUGUCGCUUCGUCGACAGAUGUGGCUUUAUUCGGAGGGACUUUGGCUGGACCAGCUAUGCUCGGUUCAUCGGCGCUCGCCGCCUUGAUAGCCGAUUAUACUCCCUCUGCUAUUGUGGGUACAGCGAUGGCCUCUAAUAAUUCUAUUGCUGGAAUCGGUUCUGCUAUUGGUCCUAUAAUUUUCGGUAUGUUAUUCGUUUGGACGCGUGAACAUGGCGAAGCCGAGCGGCUCCCGUUUGCUAUUGCAUCAUUAAUAGCUAUUCUAGCUGGCAUACUUGUGUAUUAUCGCCUACCCAAAGCUAUCCAAAUCUACUGUGAAUCAACCCCUGGCAUGGAAGAAAUGAUGCCCCGAGAGAGAAUGCUCGAUGAUGAUCAAUCUAGUGAAGACGACGAAGACAAUGGUUGA